GGUCUGGUGUCGCCAGCACAACAGUCACUCCCGUGUCUCAGAGCUGCUCGACAGCCUGCUCAGAGGCUACGACAACAGCAUGAGGCCCGACAUGGGAGGGCCACCCACUACAGUCGAGGUGGAUAUCCAGCUAAAGAGUAUGGGACCGAUCUCUGAGACGGAUCUGACCUACUCGAUGAACUGCUACUUUCGUCAGUCGUGGGUGGACCAGCGGCUGGCGUUCGAGGACCUCGAGCUGGACGUGCUCAGCCUCAGUGUGUCGACCCUGGAGCGUAUCUGGAAACCGGAUACGUUCUUCUUCAACGGCCGCCGCAGUCGGCUGCACAAGAUCACCACGCCCAACAAGUUUGUCCGACUGUACCGGACCGGAAAGGUGCUCUACUCGGCCAGAAUGACGAUCCAGGCCAACUGUCCGAUGAACCUGCAGGACUUUCCCAUGGACACCCAAAGAUGUCCACUGCACUUUGGAAGCUUCGGCUACACGGAGCAGGACGUGCUCUACCGAUGGACAGAGAGCCGCCGAGAGGUGACCAUCUCCCAGGACCUGGAGCUCUCCCAGUUUGACCUGAUCCGCACUCCCGCCGGCGAGAGGACCGACCACAACACGCGCGGCAACUUCUCACAGCUGUGGGUGAGCUUCCACCUUCGACGUCACAUGGGCAACUUCAUGAUCCAGGUGUACGGGCCGAGCGUUCUGCUGGUGGUGCUGUCGUGGGUCUCCUUUUGGCUCAACCGGGAGGCCACUGCCGACAGAAUCUCACUUGGGGUCACCACGGUGCUCACCAUGACCUUCCUGGGUCUGGAGGCCCGCACCGAUCUGCCCAAGGUGCCCUACUCGACGGCCCUGGACCUCUUCCUCUGGAUAGCCUACGGAUUCAUAUUCGCCAGCAUUGUGCAGUUCGCCUUUGUGCACUUUUUCACGAAGUACGGCUACGGCGAGGUGUACUUUCCUCAGCCACAGUCGUCCUCGGAGGAUUCAGACGAUGAGUCCUCAGAGUCUGAGGAAGAAGUGCAUGAGGAGUCUCCCAAUGAGCGGACGGCUCUGUACUCGGACCACAGCCCUCUCACCGUCUCCGACCCGUCUCCGCACGGGCCGGCCCUCUACAUCGACCUGAGCCCCCAGCGGGCGCUGCCCCGACCUCCGCCCUGCCACCUGGCGGCUGCAGUGCUGCCGCCCAGCGGCCGGCGGAGGAAGCUCGGCCCGCGGCGGCGGCGCCGGCAGCGAAGACCUCGGCCGGACUCCCCGGCGACGGGCUCAAUGCCGACUCAGUUCAACUCUGUGUCAAAGAUAGACCGCAGUAGUCGGGUGCUGUUUCCGGCCGUGUUUCUGGCGGUGAACACGGUGUACUGGUACGCGUACCUCAGUCACAGCGGUAGACUGCAGGUGGUUGAAGCGCUGGAGAGGAGUGGGGAGGUCACCGGACCGCGCUGAGGGGUGGA